GCUAAACCUAAAACUCAGGCCUUUGAGUGUCCUUAAGGUUUUAUGUUUACACUCUUUACUCUUUUGUGUUUUAUACUUUCCAUCUGUUCCUUUCCUUAAUUAUUUGUGUAUGGGUUAGUUUUGUUAUGCUAUCUCCACUGCCUUCUGCACUAUUACCAUGUUGUAUUAAUUGUUAUUUUAUUGUACAAUAAAAAAACUUGGUUUGGUUAUUUAAUAGUAAUGAUAAGCCCGUAUAGACCAUUGUCCCAUUUUUCGUAUGACCUUUAAUGUUGGUGUGAGCAGUCGUACGCGCCACCAGGUGGCGCUGUGGCCGCCAGACCAACAUCCACGGACAAGCGCUGUCGCCGAAGAAGUGUGGACGGAUGCAGGAAGCAAAUCUGUGUUUCUGGUGUAGUAGCUUCAACAUUAGCUCAAGACAAUUCUGCCUUUCUCCGUUUUGUUUCCACCUGGUUGACAUCACGUUACAGCCUUGGAUCCGUGUGUUAAAUGUGAAUUUAUUGGGUUUAUUAUAUGUAUAGUGCGUUUGCGGCUGGUGUUUCAGCGAGCCGCAGCGUCUGAUAGCCUAGCAUCGUCGUAGCUAGCUUAGGCUGACGCUCUCCACAUAGCUUUCCAAUAUCAAACCUGGUUCGAUUGUGACGAUGAAUUUGGUUAAAACCCAAACUUUGCACCCACACCUGCGCGACGAGGAAGCCCUCGUGGUGGAAAACGCCAUCCGGUUGGCGAUAGACUCGAUAAUAAACGUCCUGUACGGUGUCAACAGUGCCAGGACUCAUGAGUACCAGCGGAUGGUGGCCGACAGGGACAAAGAGAUCCAGCGGCUGGAGGGCAGUCUUACAGAGAUACAGCACGAGUUAAAGGUGCUACGCCGACAGGGAUGCACCUACGAGUUGUUUGGAAAAGAGCACAGCCUCGUUGGAUCGCAGACCUCCGGUGACCCACAGACGACAGAGCAGAGCGGGUUUGAACCAAGCUACAUUGACACUGAGAUGACAGCGGGGCAGCAGGAGUGUGAAAUGACCAUCUCCUUGGGCCUUUUUGCAAGACCCCCCUCACAUGUCUCCUACCAAAGCCACGAGUCAGCCUUUCCGUCAUCUCCUAGCCAAAUGGGUCUGGACCAGUCUUGCGUCUCCCACUCCUCCGAUUCCUCAGGUGUAUCGGAGGCAGCCAGGAAUCUGCCUACGUCUCCCAGCAGCCUCGUCAUCAAAGAAGAGCCGUGUGAUAUCGACACAGUUUUAAUCAAGUGGGAAAUGAGUGAAGAGAGAUUCGCGGAGCAUCAGGAGAGCACAGGCAGUCUAUGCCCGGACAAAGAGAGCCCCGGUGUAAAAAGUAACCUAGAGAACAUAGAGAGAAGAACUUUAGAGGAGGAACCUCAUGCAGGUCCAGGCGGUUAUUACGACCCUCAUGAAGAACACCUGAGGAACAAGAAGAAGGGCGUGCCCACGUCUGAGCUGACGGAGGAGGCUCAGAGACUGAAGAGGGCAGCCUGGAGAGCAGCUUCCAGGCGCUACUAUGCCCGAAAAGUAGCCCGCCAACAGGCAAACCCUUCUCGCUCAGGUCCCUUCCCCGUCCCCCCGCGCUCCGGCCCCUUCCCUUUCCCCUCACGCCCCUUCCCCCACAUUACAGACUCCAGGUAUACACAACCCAUCUCUUUUGUGGACAAGAGAAGGAGGAUGCUGAUAUCCGAGUUACCUGAAACUUCUCAGUCACUGCAGAGGGAGGCAUGGAGAGCCGCGUCCAAGAAGUACUACGCUCGAAAAAACGCUCGCCACCAAACCGAGCCCAUGCAUUACGCACACCUGCUCCAGAACAUAGAGCCGUCUGGAGAUACACUGGAACCUAACAGAGCAGGAUCCCACACCAACAGUGGAGGAAUAAUGUGCAGCUGAUGGACGAGAUUUUUAUAUUCAAUGGUAUAUUUAAUUAUGUUAUAUUGUGUAAAACACAGGGCUAUGUGGAUGUUUAUUACUAUUUUUUGGUUAAUUUGUAGUGAUGAAGUUGAGAUUUGUUCCAGGUCGUCUGAUAUGGUCUGCUUAUUGAAAUUCUUUUUUUAAAUAAGUCAUUUGUGUUUCUUCGUUGUUGAAAUAUACAACUAACCCUGAGAGAAAAACACUGCAUUUUUAUCACUUUGGUUCUAAUUUCACAUCGUUGUAUACUUUUUCUUCAUGUAGUAUACUGCAUUGCAUGCCAGUAGAAAACGCUAACUGCAAAUGUAUUCUAAGGCAAUAAAGCUAUUGUACAGUAGCUCUUAUGUAACAGCCACUAUCAAUACAGCACCGCUGGAGUCCAA